UGCCAUCUCAUGCGAUGUGGACCCCGAAGAAGCGGAAUCCUUGCCAUCACUUCCGUCGAUGAAUGAGAAUCCCCUCCAAAAGCCGGCCCGAAAACCGCCCCGUUUUGGCAAACGAGCCCUUUAUCUACUGUACCCCUAUUCAAUCAAUGAAGAGACGGGUGAAUUCAAGAUUCACAGGGAUUUUGGACGCGAUCUCACCUCUCAGAUGUCGAUUGGCAAUAGACUGGAGAGGGAGGUGGAAAUGGAGACCAAAUUGAGUACU